AUGGAUGGAUCUACUGGCAAAGGAGGGGCUGGUGCUGAUACGAUCUUAAUGAAUUAUAGGCUUGGAAAGACACUUGGAAUUGGCUCAUUCGGGAAAGUGAAAAUUGCAGAACAUGCACGCACUGGGCACAAAGUCGCAAUCAAGAUCUUGAAUCGUCGAAAAAUUAAGAACUUGGAAAUGGAAGAAAAAGGUAAAUGAUGCAUUUUAAGUGCAUAGUCUAUUUUUGUGUUCUGAUCAGUUUCCGAUGAUAUUAAAGUUAUAGAACAUUAACUAUGGUUCAUUGUCAUCAGUAAAGUUGAGAACUGCAUAAGCUAUCUUUGCAUUCUGAUCCGUUUCCAAUGAUAUUAAAACUAUAGAGCACAAAUUGCUGUCCGCAUCACCCAUUUUCAACAGGAUGACUUGCCACACUUUUCCAGUUAGAGGGGUGGUUGGCUUGGCUCUUCCCAAAAGGGAUGUGGCAGAAGUGUGAUACCACAAUAUUUUUCACGACAUUGUGCAGUACAUUGGCGAAGUAAUAUGGCAUAAUUCGGUGUCGUUCCUCUUUAAGAAGUUUCUGUGUCUGAAACAGGCGAUAAUUUCGUCAUUUUUGCUUUUCAAUUUCAUUUGUGUUUAUGAAAUCAGUUUGGUAAGAAAUUUAGAAAAGAUGAGCUAUUUGAUUGAAGUUGUUUAAUGAGUUCCUGUCUUUUUUUUUUCUUUUUCUUUUUUGCAGUUAGACGCGAAAUAAAAAUACUGCGACUGUUCAUGCAUCCUCAUAUUAUACGCCUUUAUGAGGUUAUAGAGACACAUACAGAUAUCUACGUUGUAAUGGAGUAUGUGAAGUUUGGGGAGCUUUUUGAUUACAUAGUAGAGAAGGGUAGAUUACAAGAAGAUGAGGCUCGCCACUUUUUUCAACAGGUAGAUGAUGCCUCAUUUUACAUUUUCUGCUGAUUUCUGUUCUCUUUACUUGAUCAUGCCUUGAAGGAAAUGAUUUGUACUAAAAGAGAAAAGAUUUUCUAUUGUCCUUUUUUCUUUCAUUGGAUUCACUUUCAUUUUCUUUCAACGUCCUAGUUCUGUUAUCCCGUCCAAUGGAAGAUCGUUUUUUAAAUUGAAAAGAAGAGCCCUGCUUAGAUGAACCUCUAUUUUACCACUUACUUUUAUGUUUCGAGAAAUCUAUACCUAUUUUUCAAGCAUAGGAUCUGACUAAGUUUUAAUUAAUUGAGCGUUUAGGGAUGUAUGUAGCCUGUGGUUCAUUAUCUACAUUUGAUUUUCCUGUUUAUUACACAGACAAGAUUGCAAAUGUGUAUUUGAUAAGUGAGAUAACAAAGAAGCAGACACAUGUUGAGUGACAGGCAAAGAGCGUGUUAAAAGUGAAAUUUAAAUGUAUCAAAUAUUGCCAUUAUGCGGCUCAAACAAUGCUGGCCCGCUAUAAUAUCUCUCGUAUGUAUUAUCAUGUAAGGAUUGGGGUUUACCCUACGUGUAACUAAAGUGUGUUCAGAUCACUGCCUGCCUGAUUGAUAUUUUUCCACACGUUUGCUAUGUUUCCAGUUGAAGAAAAUAUUUUAAUAUUCUGCGGGAAUGGCUGAGAAAUUUAGUAUACAGUUCAAAUAUUUUAUCUUUUUUUUUGUUUACAGAUAAUAUCUGGGGUUGAGUAUUGCCACAGAAAUAUGGUGGUUCACAGAGAUCUUAAGCCCGAGAAUUUGCUGCUGGAUUCAAAAAAAAAUGUUAAGAUUGCUGAUUUUGGGCUUAGCAACGUGAUGAGGGAUGGCCAUUUUCUGAAGACAAGCUGUGGGAGCCCUAAUUAUGCUGCUCCUGAGGUAUGGAGAUUCAGCACUGAAAAACUCCUGCUGUGUCUGAUCUUUAUAGCACCUGACUCUUGCAAGCUUUGAUUCUUUGAGAGAUUGCCUCUGUUAAACUUAGCUUUUGUACAGGUGAUCUCUGGUAAACUGUAUGCCGGCCCUGAAGUCGAUGUAUGGAGCUGCGGUGUGAUAUUGUAUGCGCUUCUUUGUGGCACACUACCCUUUGACGAUGAGAACAUCCCCAAUCUGUUCAAGAAAAUUAAGGUACGGAUAACCAGGCGCCUAUGAGAGUAAACAAGAUUUUUUAAGUAAUUUUCUUCGUUGGGUAGAGCAUUCUUUCGACUCACAUGCUGAAGAAAGUGCCUGCUUUUUCUGUCCCGUUUGCAGAGUGGGAUAUAUACACUUCCGAGCCACUUGACAGCAGGGGCAAGGGAUUUGAUUCCUAGAAUGCUUGUUGUCGACCCAAUGAAGCGGAUGACUAUCCCCGAAAUUCGCCAGCAUCCAUGGUUUCAAGCUCAUCUCCCUCGAUACUUGGCCGUACCUCCCCCAGACUCUGCUCAGCAAGCAAAGAAGGUAUGCUCAUCCGCCAUUUGGAGAUCACUUUCACUAUAUUAGAAGCUAGAAACGCAAUUGGAAAGACUGUUCCUUUUCUCCUGUUUUCCUUUUAAUCUCUUAGCCCAGAUGAUUGUCAGCCAUCGUCUCUGGCGUGAUUAGUGUAUGGAUUAUUUCAACAUUAAACUCACUUAAUAACCAUAAUCUCCGGAUUUGGCACUUCGAUUUCUCAUCCUGCUAAAUGGGUUCCUGCCGCUGUGUUAUUGCAGAUCGAUGAGGAAAUUCUUCUGGAAGUGGUUAAAAUGGGUUUCGACAGGAAUCAUCUGGUAGAGGCUCUUCGCAACAGGAUACAGAAUGAGGUAUCGAAGACAUCAACACCAGUUUCCUCCAUUAGCAUGCAUUCUUCUUAUGAUGCUGACUCGAGCAUCUUCACUAUGAACCAGGCUACUGUUGCGUACUAUCUCCUGCUGGACAACCGACUACGAGCUUCCAACGGCUACCUUGGUGUUGAAUUCCAGGAGUCAAUGGUAGGUAUUGCCUCUGUGGGUACCCCAGGCUGGGUACUCUGCUUCCUCUCUGUUUACCUGUGAGAUGAAACCUCUGCUUUUUAUCUAGGAAUGUGGCUUCUCGGGUUUGCACUCACCUGCGGCCUCAGCGGUCACCCAUCGUCUGCCCUACAUCGAUUAUCAAGGGGCUGGACUCCGACCACAUUUCCCCAUGGAAAGGAAGUGGGCCCUUGGGCUUCAGGUCAGUUCCUUACGUUCUAUGCCUCAAGCAGAGCAUUCUGAGGUCCUAGAACCUGAGAGCAUCAUCGCCAUUAACUGGCUGUGCAGUCUCGUGCCCAUCCUCGGGAGAUAAUGACGGCCGUGCUCAAGGCCCUGCAAGAACUGAACGUGGACUGGAAGAAGAUCGGGCACUACAACGUCAAGUGCCGGUGGCUCCCGGGCUUCCCCAAUCACCCCGUGGGCCUCAUCGGCAGCCGCGUGAACCCCAACCUCAGCUUCGGGGAUGACUCUCCGAUCAUCAAUGAAGAAAACUCCGCAGCGGCGCCGCCCAACACCGUCAAGUUCGAAGUGCAGGUCUUCCUUACCCCCCCCCCCCUCAUCUGGGCAUCUGAGUUUGCAUCAAGAGUUCUUAUGUUCUGAUGAUUCUGUGGUGGGUUGUGGAUUAUGUGGCAGCUGUACAAGACGAGGGAGGAUAAGUACCUCCUGGACCUGCAGAGGGUGCAAGGGCCGCAGCUGCUGUUCCUGGACCUCUGCGCAGCGUUCCUCGCGCAGCUUAAAGUCUUGUGA